UGUGUGUGUGCAUGUGUGCAUGAUCCAAUUAAUAUUCUCUUUUUAUGGAAAUCAUAUUCCACUCAUCAUUUCAGGGUAACAUUUAUUCAGCUAUUCUGCCCUCUACCUGCUCUACGUUGUAAUAGCACAUAAACUAAAUCAAAUGAACUCUUUCCAUCUUUCUAUACUUCAAUAGUGUGAGUGGCACACAAUGCUAGACAGUAUUUUGUAAAUAUAUAUAGUGUUGUUGUAAACAAACAAGAUCGUCGUGAAUAUUUACAUAAUCAGUAACAAUAGCUGCACCUAUACAAAAAUAUUUUAAAUGCGUUCCUGGAUCCCUCUCACAUAAUAUUUUAUGCUACUGAUACUGGCAUUUGCAGUGGCCGGCGGGGGAACUUAUGUGUGUGUGUGAUUGGAAAACGCAUUAUCAAGUCCCACCUCUACAUCUUGACUUCAGUGGCCAGUCGGUGUGCGCGCGUAAACGGAGAACAGUCGGUAAGGGGACUCCACACAGUGCGCGUCGUCGGCGUCACUCAGCCAGAAAUGAACUUCAGCGCAGUCUGACCUGUCCUGCACAUCUCUUCAAUCAGUGCAAUCUGAGCCGCUGAAAUUGCCAUGGAUGCUACUGGGUGUUUUCUUAACCUCGGUCAAAUAAUUCAGGCUUUUAGACUUGGCUCUCUGGGGAUCUUUUGAGCCGAAGUGAUGCGAUUUGGUUUCAGGACGAUGCGCACCACAAGUCUGGACUACACCAACGAUUCUGUUUUCAUUUAGAUAUAUUAUAAUGAGUAGUCUUGUAUGGACUCAACAAGUGAACUUCGGAUAUGUUUUUUGUAUUUUAGCAGUGUAGGAACCCCUUUUAACGAGUCUGAGAAUUCUUUGCUAACUCUGUCUGUUGUUGGAAAUACAUUUGAUCCCUGACUUCCUAUUCUCGGAAGGUGCGUAAUUAUCUCAAACUUCAAUCAGGAGGUGGUGGAAAUAGCACUGGCGCGUGACUCUCAUUGAGCGUUUUCGAAGUCUUCGACAGGUGGUCGUAUUGCUCUCAGAUUAUAGUAAUACGUAUUCAUAUAUUAAUAUAUAUUCAGUAUUAAUAUAAAAGAAACGUGUAAAGAAAGGAACUAUGUAACGUCAUGAUGUGUAUCAUCAAUGACAAAGAUGGUGGCCAUAAACGGCACAAUCAAAUCUCCCUUACAGCGAUGUUUUGCGCACUCUGUAGUUCUGCAAACAUGUCAUGAGAACGUGGAACAUACGGUAAUUAAAUCAACUCCUCAAGGCUGGCACGACUUGUUCUCCGGGAAAAGAGAAUGGAGCGCGUCCAAUGCUACCUGUUCUCGGUGAGGACAACUCUACUCUGCUUACUCCUCUACGAGACAACUUUUAUAGGAUGGACGUAUGAGAAGACCCACUCACAUGCAGAGGACGACCUCUUCAAGAAGCUCUUCAUAGGCUACAACAAGUGGUCCAGACCCGUGCCCAACACGUCUGACGUGGUCAUCGUCAAGUUCGGCCUCUCCAUAGCCCAGCUCAUCGAUGUGGACGAGAAGAACCAAAUGAUGACCACAAAUGUGUGGCUAAAACAGGAGUGGAAUGAUUACAAAUUGAGAUGGAAACCAUCCGAUUACGACAACGUCACGUCCAUCAGAGUGCCUUCAGAGCUCAUCUGGGUACCUGACAUUGUUCUGUACAACAAUGCUGACGGCGAGUUUGCUGUGACCCACAUGACCAAAGCUCACCUGUUCUACACGGGCCAGGUGCGCUGGGUGCCCCCAGCCAUCUACAAGAGCUCCUGCAGCAUCGACGUCACCUUCUUCCCCUUCGACCAGCAGAGCUGCAAGAUGAAGUUCGGCUCGUGGACCUACGACAAGGCCAAGAUCGACCUGGAGCGCAUCGAGAACACGGUGGACCUGAAGGACUACUGGGAGAGCGGCGAGUGGGCCAUCAUAAACGCCGUUGGCACGUACAAUACCAAGAAGUACGACUGCUGCCACGAGAUCUACGUGGACAUCACAUACUACUUCAUCAUCCGCCGGCUGCCGCUGUUCUACACCAUCAACCUGAUCAUCCCGUGCCUGCUCAUCUCCUGCCUGACCGUGCUGGUGUUCUACCUGCCGUCCGACUGCGGCGAGAAGAUCACGCUGUGCAUCUCCGUGCUGCUCUCGCUGACCGUCUUCCUGCUGCUCAUCACCGAGAUCAUCCCGUCCACGUCGCUGGUGAUCCCGCUCAUCGGCGAGUACCUGCUCUUCACCAUGAUCUUCGUCACGCUCUCCAUCGUCAUCACCGUGUUCGUGCUCAACGUGCACCACCGCUCGCCGGGCACGCACAAGAUGCCCCACUGGGUGCACGCCGUCUUCCUGGACCUCAUCCCGCGCUGGCUCUUCAUGCAGCGGCCCGCGCCGGACGGGCGUCGGCGGCGCCGCCUCCUGCUGCUGCGGCAACACCAGCGCCACCAACGCCACCAGCAGCAGCACCACACCCACGACGACGGCGAUGACCUCCACCACCAUCACCAUAGCAACUGGCAUCACCAGCAGCAUCAGCAACAUCAGCAUCAGCCGCAGCACCUUCAACAGACCCAUGCCCGGCACGGACUGAGGCUGCCAGGCAUACCGUCGGCCAUGGCCGCAGCCGCCGGCCCCCACCUGAGUACCUCGUCCACCUGGGGAGGGAGAGUGGGCGACGAUUCGCACAGGCACUGCUACUACGAGGACCUGGAGCUGGGCACACUCUCCACGGCCUUCUCCCUCUCCUUCCGACCGCAGUCACCUCGGCCCCCGGGCUCCACGCCGCCGCCCAUGCCCAAACACAACAACCCCCACCCGGGCCGGAUGGACGUGGGGGUGGGGUUGGUGGGCAGACAGCAGGGCCAGGGGCAGGUCAGGGGGAACAGCACUACCUCCACUCAGCGGCCCGACAAAGGGGACAAGGCAGCAUCGGAGGCCAGCGGAGGGUUCCUGCUGUCCCCCAGCGUGCAGCGGGCACUGGAGGGGGUCCACUACAUCGCUGACCACCUGAGAGCAGAGGACGCCGACUUCAGUGUGAAAGAAGACUGGAAGUAUGUUGCCAUGGUGAUCGACAGAAUCUUCCUGUGGAUGUUUAUUAUUGUGUGCUUGCUUGGAACAAUUGGACUGUUCUUACCACCCUGGCUUGCGGGCAUGAUCUAAGACAGGGGGCGCUGGACCAAAAACUUCAGGGAUGUACAAUCUUUUCUCAAGAUGAUGGGCAUCCAAAUGGCCCAAUCACAUUAAGAGGAUAUGCUUCUUAUACUGAUUGAAGUGCAUGUUUCAAAUGAGGAGGACCAUAGAAUUAGAAGGAUGCUCUAUCUGAAGGACCCAUAGAACAUGGCUGAUCUUCUCUAUGGCCAGUUAGUAUUUUGAGAUUUUGUGCUAUUUUGGUACAGAGCCCUGUUUGCAGUGUCUUCAUCCCUGAACUGAAUUGAACUGAAAGUUAUUGUUGAACAAGUUUGCGCUAUCAAAUAAAAAAGACUUUAAAACGUAA